AUGGUUGAGUUUGUUCCCACCCCUAAGAAUAGCAGCGCGGAUCUGACCUAUGCGCCCCGCUUGGGCGUUAGUGAGACAGCACUGUGUCUCACGACUGACUACGCUGUGCCCAGCAGUCGACUGGUGAGCGGUCAGACAGUUCGUCACUAUGAAACAGUACUAGGGUUAGUUGGCAGAGGAGCAUGGGAAUGCCGAGGAAUAAGACGCUCGCUCGUGGGUCCGAUUCAGGGUCCUCGAUUCGUCCUGGCUCGAUUGGGUUUCGAAGCGUCACAGUUUGCUUUCGCUAUUGCUUUUGCACUUUACAAUUUAGGCGAUGGCGCUGGCUAUGACGUCGGCGUCGACAGGCACGAGCUGAACUUGAAUAGUACGCUUCCAAAUACACACCGUUUCGACGAAGAUCCUGCAUAA